AUGGAUGAGAUUUCGUCUUCCACAAAUGUCACUCAAGAUGUUGGUUCAAUCUCCGAUGAAAAUAAAGAAUCGUGGCAACAUUUUGUCUUCCACGACCUUUCAUCAAUCAAGGAUUUCUAUGCUAAAUACGCUCAUGAAAAGGGAUUUUCUUUGAGAAACAAUUUGCACUCCUUCUAUGAUUCUCAGAAAGAACUUCCCGAGGAAAGGACCGGUUGCCCAGCUAGUAUUUCGUUGAAGUAUGAUUCUAAUGUUAAAGGUUAUCACGUAUACAAAUGGAAUGUUACUCAUAACCACCCUCUCCAUAAACCCGAGCAUUCGCAUUACUUGAUAUCGGCUCGAGAGAUUAGUGAGCCUAAAAAACAACUUGCUAUAAUAAAUUCGAAAUCAGGCAUGUCUGUAAGAUGCUCCUUUCAAGUUAUGCAUCAAAUAGCUGGUGGUUCAAAGAACCUUGGGUAUUGCUUCCAAGACUUAAAGAACUUUCUCACCACUGUUCGACAAAAGGAAAUGGUCAUUAGGGAUGCAACUAUUAUCCAAGAAUAUCUUAGAAAUGAAGCUUUGAGGAACCCAUCGUUCUAUUAUGAUAUCCAAGUAGAUUCUGAAGAGAACAUUGCUAGCAUUUUCUGGUCAGAUGCAAUCAUGCAGCAAGACUAUGAAUUAUUCAGUGAUCUCAUCAGUUUCGACACAACUUAUCGAACAAACACGGAGUAUCGUCCAUUAGCUCCGUUCCUUGGAUUUGACAAUCACCGUAAGAGUGUAUUAUUUGGUUGUGCCCUGCUCUACGAUGAGACUUCAGCAAGUUUUGAUUGGUUGUUUACCACUUUCCUGAAAUGCAUGAAAAAUAAGAAACCCAUUACAAUUUAUACAGACCAAGCUUGUUCUUUGAUGAAGUUAGUUCCAAACAUCUUUCCCGAUGUCUUCCAUGGGUUGUGUUCUUGGCACAUGGGGGAGAAUGCAAAGUCCAACUUAGGCUCUCGUUGCAAUGGUGCAUUUCUUGACGAACUACAUCACUUGGUUUCGAAUGUUGAUGAUGAGGCAGAGUUUGACUUCAAUUGGAAUAAGAUGCUUCAAAAUUGUUUUGGUGGUAAAGCUACUUCUGAAUUUACUUGGCUUGUCCAGAUUCAUCGUAAUCGUACUCAAUGGUCUUCUGCUUGGGUGAAAUCACACUUCACUGCCGGUUUGAAGACCACACAUUUAAGCGAGUCGUUCAAUGCCUUUCUUCGCCACUUUCUUCAGCCAGACCACUCACUUGUGCAAUUCUUUAUCCAUUUCAAUGUUAUGGUUGAGAAAAUGAGAGAUAAUCAUGCUGAUUGUGAUUUCAAGGCUGCCAAUACUAGGCCAAGAAACAAUUAUCCCAACAGCCAACUCAUGAGGUCUGUUGUUGCCAAGUGUAAUACGGUGAACUGA